UUUUCUGCACAAUGGCUUUUUCACUGCUGGCUUUUUAUUUUGCAAUACUGUUAUCGAGGACUCUGGAGCUGUCCUCAUCUGGUCAUCAGAAGAGCGCUUUUGUGUCACGUAAAACCAGUGACAACUUGAUUUUGAAAUGUUUCUACGAAGAGUCAAACGUCCAAGCUGUGGUCCAACAGUCAGCUUCUGAGAUCAUCCAGCAAGGAGACUCUGUGACUCUCAACUGUACAGUACACACUGGGACCUGUGAUGAAGAACACAGUGUGUACUGGUUCCAAAACUCAGACGAAUCCCAUUCUCAGUCCCAUCCUGGAGUCAUUUACACACAUUGGGGUGGGAAUGAUCAGUGUGAGAAAGAAGCUAAGACACAAACACACACCUGUGUCUACAACUUGCCAAUGAAUAACCUGAAUCUGUCUCAUGCUGGGACCUACUACUGUGCUGUUGCCUCAUGUGGACACAUACUGUUUGGAAAUGGAACAAAACUGGACUUUGAACAUAAUGUUUUCUGGAGCGGCACCUUUGCAGUCACCUCCAUCCUGAGUGUAUUGCUGGCUUUCUCAGUGUGUGUGAUCAGCAAGAAAUGCAUCUGCAAAUCUCCUGAAUCUCAAGCAAGUCUCCCCAAAGCAGAUGCAACGGGUUUCCAAGAGGCAGAAAGACUCUAUUUUCCAUCUUCAACUGUCAACCUGCACAACAGAUCAAGAAGUCAGAAGGAUCGCACCUGGAGUGAAUGUGUGUACUAUAGUGUAAAGCAGUAGUACGCAGAGAAGACACAGUGUUUAAAAUGUAGUAUUUCUUUUUAUGUUGGGUCAUGUUCACAAUAUAAUUUUUUUUGCUAGUUAAUCACAUUUGUAACGUCACUGUAGUUUGAAGCUAAAGAUGGAAUAAUGAAGGAAUCAUGAGAGACAAAUGUCAGUAUUCACUUCUUUUUUAAUCCUCAUUCUCUGCCAACAGUCUUUUAAUUUUUUAUUUUUUUUGUAAAUUUAAUGUUUCUGAAGCUCAAUAAACAUAAAACAGACUAAAAGACCUUCAAGCUUGAGACAAUAUCUGUGUGCCAUUUCAAUUCAGUGAUAACAUGUCUCAUUAUUGUGAUUAUUAUUAUUGUGUAUGAGAGAAUAAGCCAAGCUUGUCUCUUCAAGAGAAUGGAUCAUGAAAUGCAGUCAUUCUGCUGCCAAGUUAAGUAUAGAAACUAGACUUAAUCUGUUAUCCUAAAUACAAAAGGUCCCAAGCAGGAGUGGAUCUAGAGAAAUUUUCUUAGAGUGGCAGGGAAAUCAAAU